GCUCCAGCCGUCGCAUGGCCGUCGCAUGGCCGCCGGUCCGCCUGCUGGGACCACCCCCCCCCUUUUCCCGCCCAGCAAGAGGAUCCUGUCCGGCCAUGCCCGCGCGCACCAGUCUGGCAACUGACCCAACGGGAAUUGUGCCAUGCAGGCAGGCGGCGUUUGGUCCUCGUGGCGGAUCGUCAGCCUUGAUGCGCAUGUGGGCGGGUGUGGGCAAAUCUGAUCUCGUGGAGCGGCCUGACCCCAACGCAGCAUCCGCCAAGAGGAGGUGGAGGAAUGAGUCGCCAUCACACGAUCGGAUGGCCUGUUGGGGAACCACCCUGGCGGACAGGCUCAGCCGAACCAUGGAGAGUCAGUCCCGCUGGGCGUCGUGGUCCUGCUGCACCAAUCGAGCGGCUUGAGCAAAGGCCACACCGGAGAGGCCGUGCGAGUGUCCGUCCAACCGCCGGCUUUGGGUGGGCAAUGGCAAGCCGAACAGGGCUUGGGGUAUCCCGCAGCGGCGCAACCAAGCGCCUCGCGCAACAUCGCCCGAGAGCGAUUCCCAAGUGUUCGAAGGGGGAGCAGAGCAGCGAGGGUGUCGGCAUCUGCGCAAUCAGCCUCGGCCGGCCUCUUAUCUCCGCAAGGGGAUCGAUCGGCCUUGUGUCGGGGGGUGUCUCCCUCCUCCCUUUGGUCGGUCGUCCAGGUCGGAUUCUCGUCGUCGGCAGCUCCCCUUAUCGAUUCCAUCGCCGGACAAACAUUGCCGAUCGAUAUCCCUUGGGUUCAGCGGUCAAUCUCUCGUCGCGCGUAUCAGCCGGUCGCUGGCGUUCUUGCAUCAUCGUUACUGUGUCGGCCAUCGCCGCAAUCCCUUCGUGGUUGCUGUCCUUGACAAAGUACUUCACGGAUGAAACAAGCAUCGUCUGCAAACCCACCAGCGGCGGCAUCCGUAUCGACGCUUGUGUCCUCCAGUAUCGCAGUCAUGGCCGACAGCAACAGUUCCGGCAGUGACGCGCGCAACUCAGACGGCAUGACCGUCGAUCCCUCAGCUUAUCCUGUCCUUGGUCAUGCCUCAAGCUCCGGCGACAGCUGCCAAAACAGCGUUAUGAGUCUCUUGGAAAAUCCGGCGUUUGUGCUCUUCGCAAGCGUCGCGGCCGCCUUGCCUGAUGCCCCGCAUGCGUCAGCCAAUCGGGAGUCUUGGAUUCGAGCUUCCAGCGGCCCUUCGUGCCUCGUCCAUGUGCCAACAAGAGGCUCUGGCAGUGCGGAUGGUGAGCAUCGUGUCCUUGGAUGGAACGGAGUCCAGGCUUGAUAG